AUGGAGAUAACUGAACGCAGUUCUGUGGAAGACGUCCAUAAAUGGCUAUUAUCAAAUGGUAUCAGCGAGGAAAGUAGCAAUGUAUUGAAAGGGAAUGAAGUUGAUGGUUGUGGUCUAUUACAUUUAGAGGAGAAAGAUCUGUUUUCUAUGUUUCCUCACAAAGUUGGGGUGGCUAGAAAACUUACAACACUAAUAAAAAGACUAAACAGCAGGAGUGAGGCAGUUGACAAGAUUUUUCAUAUAGAUGCAGACGGAAACCUUAUCAACUGUGGAGUGGAGGAACCUCUAGAUACCAUCAUUGUCAUGCAGGAAGGGCAAGCCAUGCAAGGAGAAUUGUCAUCAUCACCAACAACUGAGAUGCCAUCUUCAUCAGAUCUAACAUCAAGUUUGGCCACAUCAGCUUCGAGUGUCACACAGUCAACAACAACUACCAUGACUACAGAAAAAAAAUCGAUUGAUUCAUAUUUGCCAAAAUACAGCGCUAUUGUGCAAGGUCUCCUUGAAAAUGGGAAUAUUCAUAAUGAAUGGGAAAGAUUCAUCGAAGAGACAGCCUACCAUGUCUUGGCUGUUGGGGAAUUCAAUUCCAGAGGAACAUAUGAGGAGUUUGGUCGCUUCAUGUAUGGGAAGUACCCAUGCAUUGGACACAAGGCAAUGAAAGAUCAAUGGGGGUUCUUCAACAAGAAACUUUCCCAAAAAGUGCGACAUAUUAGAUGGAAAUGGAAUGUGCGGAGUAAAGGAGAAGGACAACCAAAAUCUAAGAAAGAAAGGAAAAGCCUUCCAUCUAUAGAUCUGAAUGAUGAGCCUCAGAUGUCAACAGAAAUUGCCACAAAAACUAUGCAGGAUGAACUACAAAAAUGUUCAAAGGACCAAGACAGGGCCCUUCUUCUGAAGACACUCAGGAGCUCUUUCAAAGAAAGGAGGGCAUACAUACAAGGACUUCCAAAUUCCAACAUAGAUGCAAUUCUCAAGAAGUUUCCACUUCUUGGGAAGCCAUACUAUAUUGAAAAGGAAUACUUCUUGAUGAGUGGACAGGAGAAAAAGGAGUUGAUAGGUAAUUGGGAAAAACUUCUCAAUACCUUGGAUAAGCUAUUUGAUGAUUCACGGGAGAGUGAGUUGGACAUCAUCAGUUGCAUGGAAACAGUAUCACAGCAAAUUAAAUACCAGUCCAAGGGAAAAGCAAUGGUGUCACUGAUUUCAAAAUGCAAGUCUUCCGACAUGGUACUGGCCGGGAAAAAAUCUGAGGCACCAAGGCUUGUUGUUGUCACUAAUGGAGAUGAAUCCAUAUCAACAUGUAUCGUGGUUGGUGAUGGUGUCAGUAUGGAUGUGGGGCACGACGUAAAGGAAGCGUUGAACAUUUUAAUUUUUACAUACUAUGCACUAGAUCUGACAUAUCCCAAACAAUAUCAGUUGUUGGGAUUUCUUCAACACUAUCUACUUCAUGACAGAAAGAAUUAUUUCUUUAUGUCCACGAACUACCUGAAGUUUUCUAGAAAGGUGGAUGAUGAGUUAGCCAAAUUGUAAAGAUGUGUCCAAAAAUAAAGUACAAAAUUUUUAUGUAUACAUUCUUUUUGUUUGUAAUAUGAAGUACAGAAAAGAAAAUUGAAACUUGA